AUGUCUUCCAUUGGAAAGCUCUUCGGCGACUCUGCAGACCCUAGGACCACGCGAUGCGCUGCUGCUACAAAGGCCAACGGCCUCGCAGUCGACAUUGUGCCUGCGCAGCCGAGCGCUGGCGCUGGUAAGCCCGAGAACCUCGUCUCCAAGUUCGAGGGCACCGACGGCUUCGUGCUGACCGAGUCGCGCGCGAUUGUCAAGUAUAUCGCCGCUCUUUCGGACAACAAUCAGCUUAAUGGCACCGAUCUCAAAUCGCAGGCCAAGGUCGACCAGUGGAUCAACUUUGCCGACAACGAAAUCUUCAUGCCACUCUCUGACUUGCACAGCCUCUUCAACGGUGACGUCCCUUACAAUAAGACUGCUGAGCAGCGUGCUUCUGCACUUCUUCAGCAUGGCCUUACCGAACUCGAGCAGCACCUUGCCGCGCAGACGUUUGUCGUUGGCCACCGCCUCACGAGCGCGGAUUUGACAGUAGCAGCCAACGUAUACGCUGUCUUCACCGAGCUGCUUGGCGAGGCUUCGCGUGCCAAGUACCCUCACACUCUCCGCUAUGUGCAGUUGAUAGUGAAUCAGCGUGCGCUCAGCGGCGUGUUCACCACGCCUAUUCCGUUUGCUAAGGAGGACGCCAAGUUCGUCCCCCCGAAGAAGGAGAAGAAGCCCGAGAAGCCCAAGGAAACUGCUGCUCCUGCUGCGGCUGCUGCUCCUGCUGCUGCAGACGACGAUGAAGAGAAGCCCGUCGCAAAGCCCAAGAACCCGCUGGAUGCGUUACCAAAGUCUACUUUUAACCUGGAGGACUGGAAGCGCGUAUAUUCCAACGAGGAUACGCGUGCCAAGGCGCUCCCCUGGUUUUACGAGCACUUCGAUGCCGAUGGCUACAGCAUCUGGCGCUUCGACUUCAAGUACAACGACGAGCUCACGCAGGUGUUCAUGAGCGCUAACCAGAUUGGCGGCUUCUUCACCCGUCUCGAGGGCUGCCGCAAGUACGCUAUGGGCACUGCCGGUGUGUUUGGCAAGGCCAACGACAGCACCAUUUCCGGUGUCGUCAUGGUCCGUGGCAAGGACUGGGUUCCUGUGCUCAGCUGCGCUCCGGAUAUCGAGAGCUACGAUGUGACGCCGCUCGAACUGAGCAAGCCCGAGGAAAAGAAGUUUUUUGAGGACAUGCUUGCAUGGGAGGCUGUCAUUGACGGUAGGGAGUGGGCCGACGGCAAGAUGCUCAAAUAA